UAAUUUUGAAUUUAGGUUUGAAGUUUUGUUUUUGGAGAAAAAUUUGUUGAAACUUCAAAUAUAGAAUUUUGCAAAUUUUAAAAUAGAGAUCUUUUUUUGAAAAUGCUCUUCGAACUGAAAAUUUUGAAUCUAGAUGGAAUUUGGUAUAAACUUAAAACCUCGCGGGAUAGGUACAAAUUGAUUGAUUUAAAUAAAUUUGUGAGACAGGUGCAAUAGUGGGUUAAGUUUACUUUUUCGCAGGAUAAGUACGGAUUAACUUAAUUUGAUUUGUGGGUAUUCACCCAUUUGCAAAUAAAAAAUUGAAUCAUUUUCUUUCAAAAUAUAUAAAAUACAAUAUUGAUUUCUUUUAAUUAGAUAAAUAUAUAUUUUAUUAUUACGAAAUAAAUUAUAAUAUAAUUAAAAUAUUUAUUUUUUAUGAAGUUAAUUUGUUUUUUUGUAGAUUCUGAUCGUAAAUUUCAAUAGUACAGAAAUAUCAUAUUUUUGAAUUUAAAAACAAUAAUCCGCAAUAAAGUGAGUUAAAUGGGACGAGUUUGAUAUAAGAACGAAAUUUGACUCUCUCUUAUACAUACAAAUUAUAAUUUUUAACAAUUUAUAACUUAAUGAUAUUAUUGGCCUGUCGGACUCAUUUUAGUGAUUAAGAUAUUGUAAUUGUUCAAUUAACAAGCAGACCUAAUAGUAAUAUUUCUUGUAUAACUACUUUCAUAGGCACAUAGAUACAUAUUAGUAAAAUAAUCAACCAUGUACACUUUUUAUAGUUUGAAAUUUUCAAAUUAUUUAAAAGAUAGUUUAUUUGUAUAUAUUGUUGGAUGGUACAUGACUAAAAAUUGAAGUUAUGGAAAAAUUAAAAUUAUGGAUCGUAGAUACAUAAUUAUCCACUGUUUCAGCGUUAUAAAGUUAUUUUAAAAGGUUGAUAAAAGAGUUAUUUUAGAAAAAGAUUUUAAACUAACUCAUUUUUAAAUAAAUUUUUUAAAUAACUUUUUUAACAAAAAAAAAAAUGAAUAGUCUAGAAUAUCAUGGUCCAACGGUAAAGACUAACUUUUUCCUUCUUCCUGCACAUCUUCCUUUGAAAAUUAGUCUUGACCCUUUUAUAGGUCUCAGAUAUCCAGGUUAAACAAAAACAAUAAAACGUUUUAAUAUAUCCGAUACACAAAUGUAUGGAAAAUCUUAUUAUUUGUAGUUAUCGGUAUUAAUGUAUACGGUUUCAACAUGCAAACAACAAGAUCCAUUUCAGCUUUAAUUAGACCAUUCUCGUUUUUCUAAGAUUAUUGUAUUCCUAACGCUCAACGCAAAACAAGACUUUACCAAACCCGUUAUUGUCCCAACAUGGAAAUAAUGAAUUUAAUAAACUCCGAAAUUAAAACUGGUAAAACACGUAAUAAACUGAUCAUAUUCGUACGAAUGUGAUUUGACUUAACGACCCUAGUCAAACCCCAUUAUUUCCUCUCUAAAUUCACCAAUCACACGUAAACACACCUCUUCGUUUCAUUCUAUUCCUUUCCUUUUUAUUAUUCUCUCAACUUACACUGCCAUUUAUUUUCUCCCUUAAUUUAUGUUCCUUCAUUUGACUACUUGAAUUGAAACUCUUUUUUUUUUAAUCUUUAUCGCGUCUUAAGACUUUCUUUUCUUGAGUUUUGACCAUUAUAUCAUGCGCAAUCCCUUAUUCCAUAUUCCACGCUUAUUACAAAAUCUUUCUCCUUUGUCUGACCCUUUUUUUCCUUUGUUCUUUCACAUGAGUAUAUAGUAAUAUGUUAUCUACACAGACACACAGACACACACACACCUACAUUUAUAUUAUCAUAUAAAACUUCAACUUUACCUUUCCUCUUCCAAAAAAACUAUCUUCUCUUCACCAAAUUCUAUUGAUCCAUCCUCGAUGGCCCUCUCACCUAACUCAAGCUCUUUAGAAUUAUCAAUAUCGCUUCCAAGCUUCUCUCAAUUAUCUUCACACCCUUCAUCUGGUGAGUACAUGGUGAGAAAUUUGGACAUAAAUCAAACUCCAAAGACGGAAGAUCGUGACUGGAUCAUGAUCGAUGCAACACCGCAUGCCAACGAAGAAGAUAGCAACUCCUGCGGCCGGCGGCGCAAAAAGCUCCGUCUAACUAAAGAGCAAUCGCAUCUUCUUGAAGAGAGUUUCAUACAAAAUCAUACCUUAGCCUCUAAACAAAAAUUAGAAUUGGCCACUUUUUUGAAGCUUAGUCAAAGGCAAGUUGAGGUGUGGUUUCAAAAUCGAAGAGCUCGGAGUAAGCUCAAGCAUACGGAGAUGGAAUGUGAGUAUCUAAAGAGAUGCUUUGGGUCACUGAAGGAGCAAAACCGACUUCUACAAAAAGAAGUUGAAGAAUUACGAGCUCUAAAGCCAGUGCCGGCCUCGGUUUUAACCAUGUGUCCUCGGUGUGAACGUGCGACUGAUGCAACAGAUAAUGCCGUCAACGACGGAACAGCUCCGAGAAGCCAGUCACGGGUCACAGUUUCCUCUUCCUCUUCCUUGUGUUGACUGGCUCGGUCAAAAGUCAAGUAAUGAAACGUCUAUGUAGGGUGAAAAGUAAAGACCCGAUGAUUAAUUAGGAGGAUUUUGUGCAUAGUUCUCUAAUUAUUUAUCACACCGAUGAGGAAAAAUAAAUUGUUUGACCCUCGUUUUAAAGGUUUUCCAUGUUUUUUUAACUUUACUUUCCUUGUUAUUGUUUCGUAAGUUCGUAACUGUACAUUUCGUGUCCGUUGGAUUGUAUGUACUAUUUUUCUUUUGAAUGGGACUAUUAUUGACAUAAAAA